UUUUUCCCUUUGGGCCAUUCAUUGGUCCAUUGUCCACAAUUCUUAAUUAAAAAAAAAUAAAAUUGGCAGCAUUUUUAUGACCCUGUCAUGGCCAGCACAAUCUCCAGACCUGAACCCCAUUGAAAACCUCUGGUAUGUGGUCAAGAGGAAGAUGGAUGUCCACAAGCCAUUAAACAAAGCCGAGCUGCUUGAAUUUUUGCGCCAAGAGUGGCAUAGUCACUUAGCAGCAAUGUGAAAGACUGGUAGAGAGCAUGCCAAGACACAUGAAAGCUGUGAUUGAAAAUCAGGGUUAUUCCACCAAAUAUUGAUUUCUGAACUCUUCCUAAAUUAAAACAUUAGUCUUGUGUUGUUUAAAAAUGAACUUGUUUUCUUUGCAUUAUUCGAGGUCUGAAAACACUGCAUUUUUAUUUAUUUUUUAUUUUGACCAGUUGUCAUUUUCUGCAAAUAAAUGCUCUAAAUGACAAUAUUUUUAUUUGGAAUUUGGGAGAAAUGUUGUCAGUACUUUACAGAAUAAAACAAAAUUGUUCAUUUUACUCAAACGCAUACCAAUAAAUAGUAAAUCCAGAGGAACCGAUCAUCUUGUAGUGGUCUCUUAUUUUUUUCCAGAGCUGUAUGUAUGAAUGAACAUGGUGUUGUCCAUGUUUCCUGUUCUUUCUGACAACAAAGCAUGUGAACACGACAUACUCGUAAUUACCCUUUCAGAAGUGGGAAGUAGGAUAAUUCUGAGCACAUGAAGGCAGCACAGGACUAGCACUCUUUCCCUUUACGAGAGCGCAUGUGCGUUAAACAGUCUAUGCUGCACGGAGAUGAUGAUGAGACAUAUGCACGGAGAGACAUGGAUUUUCAGUCCUAUAGAAAGAAACUGUUGAUUUCUUGUGUUCCAAUGUGUGGAUUACUACUUUUCACCAGCAUGUAAAAAUGAAAACACUGAAUGUGAGGGAAUAGGCGUACUUAAAAUGUUGUGUAAGACGUGCAAUCCCACUAUGAAAUUCAUUAACUGAGUUUUUUUCCUGCUAUUUUCUACACAUUGGUAAUAGCUGCUGCUAAGACACUUGGAAAAGAGUGAGGACAGUUCUAGGAGAGUGUGCUCGGUGUCUGCAUGCUCUUGUGUGAGCACGCGACUGUGCCUUGGCAUUAGGGUUGGGAACCGAGAACCGGUCCUUGUUCAGAACCGGUUCUGUUCUUUAAAAAAAAUCUCGGAAUCGUAUGAUCUUCGUGACUUUUGGAUCCGUUAACGGUUCUCCAGCGUGCAAUUUUCCGCCGAUGUGGCUGGAACACUGUCCUCAAAUACGCUAACAGUGUUUCCAGCAUCUCUGCAGCAGCGCUCCCCUCUACUGACUCUACAGCGUAAAAACAUACAGUUCUACAAGUGUAUUUAAUUCCCAAUCGAAUGAGUCUUGAGCCGGCACUUUUUACAGCGUGAAACAUAUGCGCUUCCGGUACAGUUCUAUUCCAGAAAUAAUUAUUCAAAGUAGCCGGUUCUUAUGAAUCAACAGCGCAAAACAUAUGGUGCUUCCGGUAUAGUCCAAUCCCACAAGAACCAUUCUAAUGAGCCGGUUCUUUUGAAUCUGAAGUGCGAAAGAUGCAGCGCUUCCAGUAUACAAGUAAUCUUAUACUAAUGUGCAAGUUAUGAAUGUCAAACUCAAAAUUAAUUAUGAAUUUUAUAAAAUAAUAAAUUAAUUAAUGAAAUAUGCCAUCACAUUGCGUGUUGGUUUAGAUUCCUUUAUUUAAAAUGGAGUAAGGAUCAUUUAUCGGAUUGUAUUUAUGCCUCAAAGUCUGCAAACACACCUUCUACAAGAAAUGUAUUAUAUUUAUUUCUGAUUUGUUAUAUCUGCUCUUUACAAAUCUGAAAUGAUCUCAUUAUUUAUUAACAGACAGCAGAGGGAAGUAAAUGCAAUAAGAAUUGCAUUUCUCAUUUCUAAAUAAUUCUUUAAAAAAAAGAAUUAAUGGAAUCGUUACUGGAACCGGAAUCAUUAAGUGGAAUCGGAACUGGAAUUGUAAAAUUCCUUACGAUUCCCAUCCCUACUUGGCGCGUCCAGUAUAUUAUGUGCUUGCGCAUCUUUGCAAGCUAAAUAUACUCACGUUCGCUCAUCGAUUAGAAGAUUUUGUACGCUUUGUGUAAUUUUUGUGCUCUCUCGCUUGUUGUUCGCUUGCACUAAUGUUAUAAAUGCAGCAUUGGCCCCAUUGGGCAAGUGACAGUUCUAGCAACUGGCCCGAAUCUCUCUCACUGUCCCUGGGCCAUUGGGCAGUCCUUAUUGUCGAGCCCUGCUGCUGCAGCUUGUAGAGAAAUCAGUUUUCACUUUUUGAUCCGCAUGUCAAGUACCUUAUCUUCUCAUGGACCGCCAUGGGUGGAGGGCAGACCAGCCCAAAGGUGCGCUGAGCCACCUACUGUACCAAGGGCACAACGGUGACACAGCAGUAAUGAAUGGGGAUGGUGGUCACGAUCAGGCUGAGGAUGCCGACUCCAAGCAGGAUGGCAGUGCUGAUGCAGAAUCUGGAGAGGACUCGAAUGAACAAGAAGUGAUUGUAAUUCAGGACACUGGCUUCACUGUGAAGAUCCAAGCACCAGGAACUGAGCCUUUUGACCUGCAGGUGUCACCACAAGAGAUGGUGCAGGAGAUCCACCAAGUGCUGAUGGACCGUGAAGACACCUGUCACCGCACCUGCUUUUCCUUGCAGCUUGAUGGCAAUGUACUUGACAACUUCGCCGAGCUCAAGUCCAUUGAGGGCCUACAAGAGGGAUCCCUUCUUAAAGUGGUCGAAGAACCGUACACAGUGCGUGAAGCUCGCAUUCACGUUCGUCACAUCAGAGACCUGCUGAAGAGCCUUGACCCAUCAGAUGCCUACAACGGAGUGGACUGCAACUCGCUCUCCUUCCUCAGUGUUUUCACAGAUGGUGACCUUGGAGAUACUGGAAAACGCAAGAAGAAGGGCAAUGAACUUGAGCAGAUUGAUUGCACACCACCUGAACACAUUCUGCCAGGCAGCAAAGAGCGUCCUUUAGUUCCCCUCCAACCACAAAAUAAAGACUGGAAGCCUAUGCAGUGCCUGAAGGUCUUGACCAUGAGUGGCUGGAACCCACCGCCUGGCAACAGGAAGAUGCACGGAGACCUCAUGUACCUGUACAUUGUAACUGUAGAGGAUAGACACGUCAGCAUCACUGCCUCAACCCGUGGGUUCUACCUCAAUCAGUCCACCACUUAUACCUUCAACCCCAAGCCAGCCAAUCACAGCUUCCUCAGCCACUCUCUGGUGGAACUGCUGAGCCAGAUUAGUCCUGCCUUCAAGAAGAACUUUACUGCUCUGCAAAAGAAGAGGGUUCAGAGACAUCCAUUUGAAAGAAUAGCCACUCCCUUCCAAGUGUUCAGCUGGACUGCACCACAGAUUGACCAUGCCAUGGAUUGUGUGAGAGCAGAGGAUGCCUACACCUCCCGCCUGGGUUAUGAGGAACACAUACCUGGCCAAACAAGAGACUGGAAUGAGGAACUCCAGACGACCAGAGAACUUUCUCGUAAGAACCUCCCUGAGCGCCUGCUAAGAGAGAGAGCCAUAUUCAAGGUUCAUAGUGACUUUGCUGCUGCAGCUACGCGGGGAGCGAUGGCAGUGAUUGAUGGCAACGUUAUGGCUAUCAACCCUGGAGAGGAAACACGUAUGCAGAUGUUCAUCUGGAACAACAUUUUCUUCAGCUUGGGCUUUGACGUACGCGACCACUACAGGGAGCUGGGUGGUGAUGCUGCCGCCCAUGCUGCCCCCACCAAUGACUUGAACGGGGUGAGGGCAUACAGUGCUGUAGAUGUGGAGGGGCUCUACACCCUGGGCACAGUGGUAGUGGACUACCGAGGGUACCGUGUAACUGCACAGUCCAUUAUUCCUGGGAUCCUGGAGCGUGAACAGGAGCAGAGUGUUAUCUAUGGAUCCAUUGACUUCGGCAAGACCGUAGUGUCUCACCCCAAGUAUCUGGAGCUGCUGGAGAAGACUAGUCGGCCACUGAAGGUUCAGCACCAUGCUGUCCUCAAUGAGAAUGAUGCUCCUGUAGAUCUAUGCUCCUCUGUGGAAUGUAAGGGUAUUAUUGGUAAUGAUGGCCGGCAUUACAUUCUAGACCUUUUGCGUACCUUUCCUCCUGACCUCAACUUCCUGCCGGUGGAAGGAGAAGAGCUGGCCCCUGAGAGCCAGAAACUGGGUUUCCCUCGGCAACAUCGCCAUCGCCUGGCUUGCUUACGCCAGGAACUCAUCGAGGCCUUUGUAGAGCACAGAUAUCUCCUCUUCAUGAAGAUGGCAGCACUCCAGCUAAUGCAGCAGAAAGCAAACAAAGACAACAAAACUGCAGCCCUGCAGGAUACAAGUGCUGCAGAUGUGCAGUCUGAAAGCAAAACACAGGCUCCAAAAGCGUCUGAGAAAGUUCCUGAAACCACAGCAGCCUCUCCAACCUCCUCUGAAUCCACUCUGACUCCUGAAGAACCAGUUGAACUAAAUGCAACAACUGCACCUGACAACUCUUCUCCAGAGGCCCCAGCCAGACAGAAUGCAGAGAUUCCUACAUCAAACACCAAUGGUACUCAUGAGCCUUCAACCGUAGAGAGGCAGAACGGAGAGUGUGAUAGUCCCUUGGAGGGUAAGGAAGCUGAUGAAAACAUACCUGGACUUGCCCAAGCUAAAGAGCUGGCCAAAUCUUUAGCAGCUGAAGAUGGAUCUGGUAUCGAUCCAAAAAGUCGAGAGGUUGUCCUCAAUGCCUGUAAAGCUGUGGGCUCCAUCAGCAACACCUCUUUCGACAUUCGCUUCAACUCCGAUAUCUUCUCUCCAGGAGUGCGCUUCCCUGAUGACAGCACUGAAGACAUCCAGAAACAGAAGCAGCUUCUCAAAGAUGCUGCAGCCUUCUUAGUGUCAUGCCAGAUCCCCUCAUUUGUAAAAGACUGUUUAGAUCACAGCUCUCUGCCUAUGGAUGGAGCCACAUUAACAGAGGCCAUUCAUCAGCAUGGUAUUAAUGUGCGCUAUCUUGGCACUGUGCUGGAGUUUGUGGACAACAUGCCUGCAAAAGCUCAACUUGAGCACAUCUAUAGAAUAGGAAUCAGUGAGCUGAUCACCAGGUGUGCAAAGCAUAUCUUCAAGACAUAUCUUCAGGGUGUGGAGCUUUCCGCUCUAUCCGCUGCGGUGAGCCACUUCCUGAACUGCUUCUUGAGCUCUUUCCCAGAUGCUGUGGCUCAUCUCCCUGCGGAUGAGCUGGUGUCACGCAGAAAGAGCCGCAAGAGACGUAACAGGGUCCCCGGUGGAGGAGACAACACAGCCUGGGCCAGCCUAACUCCCAGUGAGCUCUGGAAGAACAUUGCCUCUGAGGCACAGAACUACUAUCACUUUAACCUGCAAUGUGAAAGUGUGGACCAAACAGUAGAAAAAUACGGGUUGCAGAAGACCACCCUUCUGAGGGAGAUUUCCAUCAAGACUGGCAUUCAGAUCUUGAUAAAGGAGUACAGCUUUGACAGCCGCCACAAGCCGGCCUUCACUGAGGAAGACAUCCUGAACAUCUUCCCCAUCGUGAAGCACGUCAACCCUAAAGCCUCAGAUGCCUUCCAUUUCUUCCAGAGUGGACAGGCCAAGGUUCAGCAAGGAUUCCUUAAAGAGGGCUGUGAGCUCAUCAAUGAGGCCUUGAACCUCUUCAACAACGUGUAUGGAGCCAUGCAUGUGGAGAUCUGUGCCUGUCUGCGCCUACUGGCUCGACUCAACUACAUCAUGGGUGAUCAUCCUGAGGCACUUAGUAACCAGCAGAAAGCUGUCCUAAUGAGUGAGAGAGCUCUGGGUAUUGAACACCCCAACACUAUUCAAGAAUAUAUGCACUUAGCUCUGUACUGCUUUGCCAAUGGCCAGCUGUCCACUGCCCUGAAGCUGCUGUACCGUGCACGCUACCUCAUGCUUGUGGUAUGUGGGGAGGACCAUCCUGAAAUGGCUCUGCUCGAUAGCAAUAUUGGUCUGGUGCUUCAUGGUGUGAUGGAGUAUGACCUGUCCCUGCGUUUCCUGGAGAAUGCCUUGGCCAUCCAUUCAAAAUACCAUGGGCCCCGGUCCCUUAAAGUAGCCCUCAGUCAUCACCUGGUGGCAAGAGUAUAUGAAAGCAAGGCUGAGUUCCGCUCAGCACUACAGCAUGAGAAGGAGGGAUAUACUAUUUACAAGAACCAGGUUGGUGAAGCUCAUGAGAAGACGAAGGAGAGCUCAGAGUAUCUGAAGUACCUUACGCAGCAGGCCGUCGCACUGCAGAGAACCAUGAAUGAGAUCUACAAGAACGGAUCCAACGCUAGCAUAAUGCCACUCAAGUUCACAGCACCAAACAUGGCAAGUGUACUGGAACAGCUUAAUAUUAUCAAUGGCAUCAUUUUUAUUCCUCUCAGAUGUUUCUGCACUGUGGGAGCAGUGGUGGCUCAGCGGUUAAGGCUCUGGGUUACUGAUCAGAAGGUUGGGGGUUCAAGCGCAGCACUGCCAAGAUGCCACUGUUGGGCCCUUGACCCUAUCUGCUCCAGGGGCGCCGUAUCAUGGCUGACCCUGCACUCUGACCCCUUAGCUGGGAUAUGUGAAAAAAAAAAAGAAUUUCACUGUAUAUAUGCAAACGUAUAAUGUGUGAUAAAUAAAUAAA